CUAGCAUCGGCCGGCAUCAAAAGCGGGCAACGGGUGCACGAACGCGAAAAGUGGUUGGCAACGUUGUCAGAGGCGCAGCAUGACGGGCCACGAGGCCCCUGCUGACGUUGAUCCCGAUUGCGGGCCCACGGUCAACGGUGGGCGCAACGUCACGCGCGUAGUAUUUAUACCGUUGGCACUUACCAUGGGUGGACGUAACUCCAAACACAAGGACAGCACCAGUGCUGCCAAGAAGCCUGCCUCAAAGAUUGAAACCCAGGUUGAAACCCUGACAACAGACGCACUUCAGGCAAAGGAACAAGCUCAAAUGGCGACUAAGAAGCACACCGUUGCGGUGAUUGGAGGCUCCGGCCUGCUGGGCAAGCACAUCGUGAAUGGCCUCCUCGAGAACGGCCACUACGAUGUGACCGUUGUCUCGCGCAAGGGUGGCGACGAUUCCAAGCUUGCGCCCUUCGUGGCUAAGGGCGCCAAAAUCGCGCAUGUCGACUACAAUGAGCAGGCUUCGCUGGUCGUCGCGCUCAAGGGCCAGGAGAUUGUUAUCUCCACCGUCGGCGCCGCGGCGCUGUCGGAGCAGCCCAAGUACAUCGAGGCUGCCAAGGCCGCCGGCGUGCGCCGCUUCGUGCCCAGCGAGUUUGGCUUCGACAGCGGCGCCCCCGGAGUGCGCGAGUACUUCCCAGCCAUGGGCUACAAGUAUGCCACCCAGGACGCGCUGCGUGCCUCGGGCCUGGAGUACACCUUCGUGAUCACCGGCUUUUUCCUGGAGACCCAGUUCACCAACCUCUUCUACUGGGACGUGCCGGGCGGCAAGGCCACUGUCAAGGGUGACACCACCCAGCCCUUCACUCUGACCUCGCUGGUGGACGUGGGCCGCUGGACCGCCGAGGCCCUGUUGGACCCGGCCUCCAAGAACGCCACCGUGUACCUGGUGGGAGAGGUGCUCACCUACGAGGACGCUAUUAAGACCGUGGAGAAGGCAACCGGCAAGACGCUGGCGGUGACUCGCGCCAGCAAGGCGGACCUGGACCGUGACAUCGCCGCGGCGCCGGACGUGUGGGCGUCCUUCCUGGACCUGCUGCUGCGCGCCAUCAGCGACGGCAGGGGCCGCACCGUGCCCCUGGACAAAGCCUGGAAGAGCAAGGCGCACCCGCAGCCCUCCCGCACGCUAGCUACCUGGGCCCCCACCGCCUCCUGGCAGUUCGCUGACGCCUAGUUAGGCGUCUCAGUCUUACGCCAGUCCUUCAGUCGCACUGUCGCACUCGCAUGCACGUACAGCGCUGCUUGUAAUGCUCUGCCCCGAUGAGACGCGCGCACAUUACUUUAUUGUGGGCAUACACACACGUGACCGGGCCGCCUCCUCCGGUGGGUGCUGUCUCCGGGAGCUGCUAAAUGUGGCUUGAUUGAUCCAUGGGGCCUUGCUUUGUGGAGACUGCUGGACAGAGUGUGUGUGAUCACAAGUGCGCGCACGACGUGCGUGUGUUUGUACAUUGCGCUGGUCGGUUUGGCUGAGUACGUAAAACAUGCGUAUAUAUAUGCACUGUGAAUGGAACUCUGGUAGGUAAGUUGUGAGGCAAUGACGCGGGCGGCUUGGCGAGAGUGUCAGCUGCGCUUGAAACGGCGAUGUGCGCCGCGGCAGGCUGCGGCAGUGGCGACCGAGCUAAUCGGCACAGGCAGCGUGUGUAGCUGUGGUCGCUGAUCGGUGAGGUGGCAACUCGACACGCAAGCGUGGCGGCCUUCGUCUGUACAUAUACUCUCAGGGCUUACAGGCCCCGGUGAUAUACGUAACACACAUGUGUAAUAUAUAUAUGUUGU